AUAUAACCUGCAAUUAUGCCGAAUGCUCAGACUGCUUUGUUGAUCUAGGGUCAUCUCGCAUGAUUCCCAAUUAACAUGGUAUCAACUUGCAAUGAUGACGUUGAUUUUCCAGGUUUUGCAUCUCAGUGACAGAAUGAAAACUAAGACGGACUAUAACCUAGCAAAUUCCUACAGGCUAUAGCUCUCGUGAAUUGACUACAAAACUUCAUCUCUUAUUGGUGUUUAGAGAAUAAUCAGCCAUUUCAGCAUGAUUUGUGACUAAGUCAAAUUUGCUCUAUACACAGUGUGUAACCAAUAAUUGUGCAGCUGACCAUAUCUGAUACCACAGAUGUGAGAACCGCAGUGCUUACCACUAUCUUUCAUCAGGAAGUGAAAAACAUAUUGAAGUGCGUAGAGGCUGUGAUGUACUUGUAAUCUGGUAGAACAGGUCAGAACGAAUCAUCUACACAUUGAGGAAGCUUACCUGGUCUUUAUCUCACUGGAAACCAUCCUCACGGAUAGCUUGACCUCUGUUGAACUCAUGAUACUCUGUGAAUUGGAUUAAUGCAUAUUGUAGCUUUGCCAGUUUCUGUGUUGAAAGGAGUUCCUCCCAUUUUCUGAACUGAGCACAUUUGACAUGAAGUCCCCGUAACCCUCUACCAUGUCGCAGAAGAAAAAUGGAGGUAUUUUCUAUGAUCAAAAAUGCAGUGAUAGGUGAUGGCACCAAUCCUAUCACUCAACACUUUGACAUUGGCCGUCAUGUGGCCAGCGCAGGACCAGAAAUGGUGUGGAAGAUCUAUGAUGCUGUGAGAAAAAGUGAUCAAAAGGAAGCCUCUGUGUUCAUCUUUGACAAGAAGGUAGCAGACAAGCUUUAUAAGCCUAAAAGAAAAGAAGCUGUUUCAGAAGUAUUGCGUAAAUGUGUCAAGAACUUGGAGCGUUUUCAGCAUCCACAGAUUUUACAGGUUUACCACCCUAUUGAGGAGUGUUAUGACAGUGUUGCUUUUGCUUCUGAACCAGUCUUGGCUAGUCUUGCAAAUCUCCUUGGUAACCAAGAAAGGAUGCCAACACCUAUCCCACCUGAAAUAAGGGAUUUUGCCUUUCAUGAAAUGGAGAUUAAGUAUGGAAUCUUACAAAUAACUGAAGCCUUAUCCUACCUCCACAACACAGAGACGUGCCUGCAUGGAAAUGUCUGUCCAUCUUCUAUACUGAUCAGCAAGAGGGGAGCAUGGAAACUUGCAGGAAUGGGCUUCCUCCAAGUGGCCAGGGAUGGGAAGGAAUCUUUUAUGGCCAAUCCCUGGACCAAUAAAGCUUCAAAAAUGGUGCAACCGGACCUAGAUUACAUUGCCCCUGAGGUUCAGGUGGACAAGAGAUGUUUUUAUGUCAGUGAUAUGUACUCCAUGGGGAUCACCAUAUGUGCCAUCCAUAAUGGAGGCAGGUCCCUGGUGAAUUCCAUGUACAACCCCGCAGAGUAUACCAAAGGAAUACAACUGCUGUCCAUCUCAUUUGGUGAUGCUGCCAGCAAACUCCCAAUCCAGUUGGUAGAACCAGUGGAGAAGAUGAUUAAUAGAGACAUUAGAUACAGGCCAACAGCAAGACUCUUCUCCUUGUUGAAGUUCUUCAGCGACUCUGUUGUAUCCUGCUUAAGCUUCUUGGACAGUCUGCCACAGAAAGAUGCUGGAGAAGUUACAACAUUCUACACAAAAACUUUAGUUGACACAAUACCAAAGAUUCCUAAAAAAAUUUUGUACCAACAUGUCUUCCCCUUCAUCAGGGAUGAGCUGUACACAGAGAGUGACAAGCUAGUCCACGUCAUCCCACCGCUCAUUGCUAUAGUACAAAAUGCAUCUAGAGAGGAAUACAGGUUAAAGCUGAUGACAGAGAUCAAUAAAUUGCUGGCAAUGCCCAAAAAUGCCCUAGUUACCAUAGCCUUGCUGGAAAAGUUGGACAUAAUAUUGUUCAAAACUCCCGUGGAGGCUCAUAAAAUACAAGUGCUUCCAAUUCUCUAUAACACUCUGGACUCCAACAAUUCUUUAGCAAGGGAGGCAGCCAUGAAUGCCCUAGGUGCUAUAAAGCAACAUCUGGAUGAGGAUUCUAUUAAGAAGAUGGUAUUACCCAGAGCAAAGGCAAUCUUCAACAAUGCAAAUAAUGUCAAGGUGAAGAUGAAUGCCUUGAUGUGUAUAGAUAGGUUACUUGACCGUAUGGACAAGUCAGUAAUAUCUGAUAAUGUGAUACCAUUCCUAACAAAGAUAGAACCAGAAGAUCCAGAAAUAGUCAUGGCAAUAACAGGUAUAUUUCGCCACAUGAUGACAGACAAGCGCUGUGGUCUGACACAUGCUCUGCUGGCUCUGCAGGUGAUGCCGUCUCUUCUUCCGCACACAACUAAUGCCUUACUAACCAUGGAAGAGUUUGGUGUGCUGAUGGACUUGCUGAGGGAUAUGUUCGAUGCCAUAGAUCGUAACAGAAGGAACAAGAUGAAACUUGAAGCUAUGCAUGAUGAUGAGACCAUAAGGGGAUCUGCACCAAAUAUUAUUGGUAUGCAACGUCAUCGAAGUGCAGCUCACAUUGAUGACAUAAAAAGAAGCCGCGAGAAAGACCACUCGCGACAUUUCCUAAGUGUCGACCAUGUCUCACAUCCUAAAAGCAGGACAGGUAGGGAACAAGCCAAUAAUCAUAAACGUGAACACCGCGUCGAAUUCUAUAUCGAGGAAUGUGAAGAAGAACAGGAGAAUCAUUCACCAGCUCCCAGCACACCUGAACUGAAAGACAGACAACGAUUUACAGCAGCUAGCCCAAUAUCACAGCGCAGGGUGUCAAACCAUUCCUCUGUCAAUGCAAAUAAGGACCUGUCUGACCAUAAGCAAUAUAGUCUGGUCCCUGAAGGCCCAAUGAGCCCUGGGAUAAAUCUGAUCCCGGAUGAUAGCUCAAUGGGCUUCCCCCGACGCUCCAGUACCCAAAGUUUGGGCAGCCCUGUUCACCAUCGUUUAUCAGUUGAUGCAAAUGGCAAACCUCGACGGCACAGUGCAGGGCCUGUGGUGGUACCUGGCGAAAUGAAUAAGCCACAUUAUGGAAGUGGCUAUUUUAAUCAAAUGACUCCAAAUACACCACGGAGAUCCCAGCCUAGUUUAGCAAGUCUCAGCAACAGUGUGAUGGCCCUUUUCCAAAGUAAGCUCAAUUAUUAAGUCGCCCUCUUAAUGGAAGGAACACUUGAUGUGAAAUAAAACAAAAUGAAAUCAUGGAACAGUGACAGGAAAUUUACACAGGAACUGGAGAGAUGUAGAUGGUUCUGUACAAAAUGUAAAAAGAUAUCAAACCUGAAUUAAUUAAUUGAAUUAAAAAAUGUGCUGAGGAUGAAAAAAUGUACAAGUUGCAUUGGAUUUCCAUUCUCACUUUAAAAAGAUUCUUCACCAAGACUUGGUUUUAGGAAUGCAAAGCUAGAAAUGGACCAGGAAGGUGCACAAAGCAAAUUGACUCUGACGUGAACAAAUCUGUGCCUUCUUAUGUUAUUACUUGGAAUCACUGCUAGACUGAAGAUUCAGCUUCGCUGUCACAUGGAUAAACAACAGUCUUAUAUGUUAUAGUAUGGAGACAUUAAACUGACUAGGUGAACAUCUUUGGUGACUUUGAUUACAUGCAUGCAUAUUCAGGGCAUGAACUCUGGGCAACUUGUAUGGAAUCCUUCUACAUUUAAUUUAAAAUGUGUGAAAUGGGCAUGACUACAAGUGAAUAUAAUAUGUCAUCUGAACCAUUUAGUUAAGAAAAUAACACAUGUAGAUAGAAUGUACAUUUACAAGCUUUUAUUUUACAUUUAUAAUGAUUAAGUGUUAGAUCUUUGUAAUUGUUCCAGUAAGAGUACUACUCUGGCAGAGACGAAUUGCGUUCUAAAAGCCAGAUGAUGGGAAAAGCUGUCAAAUUGCUACAGUUGUGCUUACAGUAAUAUGUCCCACAAUGGGAAAUGCUUCUUGGCAUCUCUUACACACCGCUUGCGUGUACAUGUACCCUGAAGUUAAGAGUGGCUUUGUUUUCAUAUUUCAGUGAUCAUCGAUAGAUAUUGGUCAGACAUUUGAUUGCCAUCGUAGAAAAUGGAGAAUGCACUAUUUAUAUGUAAAAUAAAAUCACUGGGUGGCCACAUGCCAAUAAUUUUUAAUCAUUCUCAUUUGAAACGAUAAUGCAUGUUGUAUUAUGUUCUUACUUGUCUUUACCUAUACCCUUUUCAAGUCGUGGGCCACGGGUAUAUCGGUAUCAAACAAAAGGAGGACUUUGGGGUCGUUGACAACUAAAAUUAUUGACAAGCGCGCCCAUUAUUUGUUUAAGAGAUAAAAAGUUUUUGUGUAUAACAUGAAGAUCUCAGUGAAGUCUGCAAGCGUUAGUGCUUAACUGCUAGACAAUAAAAAGCAGCGUGUAUUCGUCCAAUGUCCACUAAACGUGUAAAACCCCACUGGUUUAUUUAUUUAUUAUUAUUAUUUAUUUUUUUUUUUUUGCUUUAGGUUUACACAGAAAUUUACAUUUUAAAAGUGCAGUAAAAUAUCUUCUAAUAUGUGUAGGUUUUUAUUCCAUUCAUCUUUGUAAUGUUCUUUGAUAGGGGAGUACCCUGAACUACGGUGACAUGCAGAAACGAAUUUGGAAAGGCGUUUUCUCAAGCGAGUGUUUUUUAUUUAUAUUAGCGUAUUUAGCACCAAAAACGCGUUUAUAUGUAGUACAGUGCAGUAGUUUUACUAGUAUGAGGACAUUUUUUGCUUCGUUUAUUCGCCUCGUGUCCACAGAUGGUGUAAAAAAUGUGUAUCGGAUAUCCGAAAAUGCGAGUAUAUUUCUUGUUUAUUUCAGCUUUUUGCAUCGUUGAAAUUGUAAUUGGAUUUUGAAAUG